AAAGAUUUCAACAAAAAAGGCAAUCGCUUGAAGAAAAGGGCCUACCCUAAGCUGGAGCUUUCUGCACAACCAUUGACUGAGCAUCAAUUAAAAGACUUCCCUCAACAUGUCGCAAGCAAAGCUCCCACAACCAUGGAUGACAGUACUAAAACUCCUGCAAUUGCCUCAUCAUCCAAACUGCAGAACCCAGAGGCAACAACCCAAAUUACAAUGACUUCAUCACCAAUUCCCAUGGAAGCGGUCCCUGCUGCACCCGUGCUAGCUGCAUGUAGCACAACGCCGGCACUCGUCAAAGCUUCAGCGCCAAACCAUGAAGAGGAUGUGGCACUAGUACCACCUUCAGGAAGCAAAACCCCUCUUGCGACAUCAACAAGGCAAAAUGUACUUUCUCCGUCACCCAUACUGAUGAAGAAAAAACAGGCUCAUGUGCCUAAGUUGGAUGCUGCGUCGACCACCAAGGAAACAUUAAUGGAUUGGGAUAAGUCUAAAGAAAAAUUGAUAAGACAACUUAACAAAGUCAAAUCAACCGUUAGGUCACUGAAGCGUAACCCGAUCCUCCUAGACCGCCUCGAAUCGUCGUUGUGCAAUUGGCGUUGA